AUGGCACCUCCGAGCGGGUCGGCGGCAUACAAGAAGAAAGAUGGCACCCUGACCAUGUCCCAGGAUCGCCAGUCGGUCUCUUGGAUCCCGGCGGCUGGUGGUGCGACAGGAACGAUCACGCUGUCUGUUGCUCAGAUCACGAAUCUACAACAGACUCCGGCAAGUAACCCCAAAGUCAUGCUGAAGAUUUUUGUCCUUCCCCCAAACACGCCAGAGAAUUCCCCCGAACAGUACGUCUUCAACUUUACCGCUGGAGCCAACGCGCGCGCGGAAGCGGACGCCAUUAAAGAUGCACUCAGCGCGUCCAUUCAAGCAGCAAAAACGGCUCAAGCUGCGCCAACACCGUCUCCUGCCCCUGGCGCGGGCGAAGGUAUGUCAACGGCCAUGGCGGUUGCCAGUGCCGUCUCGGCCAAGAGCAGCUGGGAUGACGACAAAUGGCUAAAAGGAGAUGUGGAGCUACAACAGUCAUUACUUAAGUCGGAUCCGAACCUGCAGCGCAUGUUCAUGGAAUCGCUGCAUACCAAGCCGGAUACCUUGACCGCGGGUCAAUUCAUGUCGCAGUUUUGGUCGAACCGUAUUCAUCUUUUGCGCGCCCAUGCCAUUGAACGGUCGCAGACGAGGGGCUCUUACAAUGUUCUAUCGACGCUGAAGCCGCGCGUGGAGGAUAAUGUGACCAAGUUAAAUAUCAGCAAGGAGCAGAUCCAGUUGAUUUUCAACCAGCACCCUCUUGUGAGGCGUGUGUAUGAUGAGAACGUACCCAAGUUGAGCGAGGCACAGUUUUGGUCCCGGUUCUUCCAGAGUCGACUAUUCAAGAAGCUGCGUGGAGAGCGGCUUUCGGAGACUGACGCCACCGAUGCCAUUCUGGACAAAUACCUGCAGGCGGACGAGCAUGGUAAUUUCCCACGGGAAGCUCACGUUCCGCAUUUUCUUAACCUGGAGGGAAAUGAGGUGAAUAACAGUCAGCGCCGGGGAAAUCGACCUGAUCUCGAUAUGAGAUGGUCCGCACCAGACAAGGUGCCCAUUAUCCGAACCCUGAACAGUCUAAGUGAGAAGAUCAUGGCCAAUGUCGCACCGGCUGAUGGUGAUCCGCAUGCGCCAGUCGGUAUGGAUGAGGAUACAUAUAACGAAAUACAACUACGCGAUUUGCGCGGUGAUGAGGAGGCAGACCGCGUCCUAUUAAAUAUUCGAGACCAAAGCCGGUUUUUCUCCUCCCAAAUCAAGGACUCCGAAGACGAACAAAACAGACUGUUUGCCCAACAAGAUCCGGAAAAGAUUCUUAGCGAGCUGCGCAGGGAAAUUGAACAGAAUUUACCUGAUGAUGGUACUGCGCCACUGGGCAGGCUUGUUGAGCCGGAAGAACUUGACGACGAGAAGGCAGACAGCCAACAGCCAGGGUCUAGAGCCAGUCUUCAGAAGUCUUCAGCUCAGAUAAUCGCUGCGAUUCGAGAUCGUCGAGCCCAGACGGAUGUGUCCUCCACUACUAGCACAUACGGUCUGUCGAGUAGCCUCUACGAUCGCUUGACGUUGACACAUGCUACUACGACGGAGUUCCUACACCAGUUUUGGCAGGCAUUCCUGUCAGGCAACCCUGAUCGUGCGGCAGAAGUAUCAUCCUUAUUCGACUCGUUGAGUCGGGCCAUGGAGCGAAUCAAGGCAGUAGCACAGGAUGCCGAGGCAGAGCGACAGGUGGAGGUAGACCGGCGGAAGCGUCAUGCGCGAGAGGUCAUGGAGGCGACAGGCAAAAAACCUCGACUCAAUCUAUCGAACAUACAGGGUGGUGAAAAAGCGGUCAACCAAUUGAUGGGGCCCACUAUUCAAGCACUAGAAACAGCGCAGGCGAAGUAUAAGGCAGCGUUAGCAGAAGAGAUGAAGGAAGCAUCCGCGCAAUGA